CCUCCAACCCAACGGUCGGCCCAAACAGCGGUAGGAGCGCAGCAUCGCUGUUCGCUUCUCCGCGGGCGCCGCGCCGGCAGCCGGGGGGGAGCCGCGCGGCGGAAGGGCUCUCAUCUAGACUAAGACCAGCCACGUGUGCACGGACGUCAGGGCAUCUACCGGCGGUGAGGUGCGGGCUCCGGCGAGGGCGGGCCAUGGGUGGUUAGUCCACGCAGGGUGCAUGACCGGGAGGUGUUUGACGAAAUGCCUCAACAAAGAUGGCAAAGGACAGAAGGUGUUCGAAGAAUGGAUUGCUUUGAAGGUUGGAUGGAGGUGGUGUCCUACUGUCCUGAUAGGGUCGCCUUACUGCAACGGUGCUACCACUAACCAACUGGUACACGUUCUCAAGGAAGCGCACAACUGGUACGUGGUUAUCUUUACUCAUGCACAGUUAAGACAAUAUUGUGUCGUUGACCUGCAUGUUUUGAAUCAUGCUGGAAACAUGUGGUUUAGUGAUACAAUCUUGUUGCAAUCUGUAGUUUUUCUGAUAUUGUUUAUAUGGUAACGUCUCCACAAAUAGCUUUGUGUUAUUUACACUAUUUAUGAGUUUGUAUGUGAUUAUAUUUAUCUCUCCAUGGUUACUUGCAAGUUGCAACAUCGCUAUCAUCCAGCAUAGCUACUAUAUUGCCAUCCGUUUCACCUAGCUGCCUCCCAACCAAAUGUUUCGCCUCAAAACAGGCCAAAUGUUCGAUCUUCUAAUAAUCCUUUAAAAAUAACUCGUUGUCCAUCCAGCAAAGUUUAUCUUAGUAUGAACAUCAGCGAUUAGAAGAAGGGCCGAAGGGAAAGACUCCAAAGUCCAAAACUCCAAACAUAUUUUCCACUAAGAUUAGGACUUGCCACUAAAUUAUAGACACUUUUUUGACUCUUGACCUUAAAAGUUAAAAGUUACUCACAUCCUUGACUUAAUUUGUUAUCCAUCUUGGUCUUGGGCUUUUGGUGUCAUGUUUUUCCUAUUUUGCUAGGAGUUGGGUAUCUGGGACAUCAAGAAUAUCCACAUUGUUAGUAAGGGGUCUAACUAGAUGGAGAAGAGAAGCAAGGAGAUGUUUUCACUGUUUUCCUUUGUGGUAAUAUUUCUCUGCUUGAUAACCAACGCCAUAUAUUCGGGUAGUAAAUUUGUGCAUGCAACAGAUACUCUCCUUCCAGGCAAAUCUCUAAGUGGUAACCAGGUCUUGAUCUCAAAAGGCGGUGCCUUCAGGUUGGGUUUCAACUGCCUAUCUCCUCCAUGUUAUUCAGAUUCUACCUUUGGUAUAUGGUACAUCAAAUCAUCAACUUGUAGGUCACUACUAGUUUGGGCACCUGUUGCAAAUUUCUGCAUCUUUAACCCAUGGUCCUCUUCGUUUAUCCUCUCAGAAGAUGGGAAGUUAAACCUAAUCAUUGAUGGUUCGCUUAGCUGGUCAUCAAAUGGUGUGGAGACCUCUGUUUCUGCAGUUGCAAUACUUCUUGACAAUGGAAAUCUCGUAAUAAGAGACCAAGUGAAUAGUACCAUGGUGUUCUGGCAAAGCUUCGAUAACCCAAUUGGUAUUCUGCUACCUGGAGGGUGGCUAGGAUUUAAUAGGAUGACAGGAAAGAACGUCUCCCUUUCUUCCAAAUAUUCGACCGAUGGAUAUGACGCAUAUGACACUGGAAAUUUUAUUUUGGAUAUAAAUGCGAACGAAGGUAGAGGGUUUACCAUCAAUGCUCCUGACUUCGAUUCUGGCAAUACAUACAAGAUAAAAUAUUCUGGGGCCUUUCCUAGAUGGAUGGGCGUUCGUGCAGAUGGAGGGGAUUGUGGAUCUGUGCUGUGGUCUGCUCCAGAAAAUUGGUGCGACUUUGAUUCAUACUGUGGUUCAAACAGCUUUUGUAUAAUACCCAGCAAAGAAUCAUUCUUUGAAUCCCCAUGUUAUGAUUUUUCUGAUUUGGGUUAUUUGAUGAAUGUCUCGUUAAACUGUAGAUAUAAUGCUCCCCAUAAACAAAAUGUUUCUUUUCAUCCGAUGGUUGGAGUUUACAAAUUUCCCCAAAAUGAAUGGUCAAUAGAAGUCAGAAGCAUAAGAGAGUGUGAAGCUGCUUGUUACAGUGACUGUUCAUGUACUUCUUUCGCUUUCAACAAGACAUGCUUAUUAUGGUACGGGGAGCUGCAGAACACAAUAGUGUUUGAUUCUAGAUCAGAGGGAUAUCUCAUGUACAUGCGCGUGGUCGAGCAAAAGCAAGAAAAAUCAGAAUAUAAGGUUGCAAUUAUUGUUGUAACAGUGAUAGGUGGGUUGGUCCUCAUACUUAUAAGCAUGAUUCUUUUGUGGAGAGGCAAAAGAAAGCUAUUCACAGAAAAACCAGUGAAUUCUGAUAGCAGACUUAUGAUCUUCUCAAAUUCACAGCUAAAGAAUGCAACAAAAGGUUUCUCUGAAAAACUUGGAGAAGGUGGUUUCGGAUGUGUUUUCAAGGGGACAUUGCCAGGUUUUUCUGUGGUGGCCGUCAAAAAGCUAAAAGACCUUAGACAAGGGGAGAAGCAGUUCCGAUCAGAAGUGCAGACUAUUGGUAUGAUUCAACAUAUCAAUCUUGUUCGUUUACUUGGUUUCUGUGCUGAAGGAAGCAAAAGGUUACUGGUAUAUGAGUACUUGGUUAAUGGUUCUUUGAAUUCUCAUCUGUUUUCAAACUAUUCUGCAAAAUUAACAUGGAACCUCAGGUACUGUAUAGCACAUGGAAUUGCAAAAGGCUUGGCUUAUCUGCACGAGGAAUGUAGGCAUUGCAUCAUACAUUGUGACAUGAAGCCAGACAAUGUACUUCUUGAUGCAGAAUUCUGUCCUAAGAUUGCAGACUUCGGUAUGGCAAAGCUUCUUGGUCGAGAUUUCAGCAGGGCACUGACAACAAUGCGAGGGACUAUAGGAUAUCUUGCACCAGAGUGGAUCUCAGGGUUGCCCAUUACACACAAGGCAGAUGUUUACAGCUAUGGAAUGAUGCUUCUUGAAAUCAUAUCAGGGCGAAGGAACUCGGAGAAGAUCAAGGAAGGGAGGCACACUUACUUUCCUAUCUAUGCUGCAUGUAAGGUGAAUGAAGGUGAUGUCAUGUGCCUGUUGGAUAGGAGGUUGGAUGGAAAUGCUGAUGCAGAGCAACUGGAGAAAGCUUGCAGGAUUGCAUGCUGGUGCAUUCAGGAUGCUGAGGAUCACAGGCCAAUGAUGGGGCAAGUCGUUCACAUGCUGGAGGGUGUUAUGGAUGUUGAGGUCCCUCCUAUUCCGAGGUCACUUCAGUACUUUGUGGGCAUGGAGGAUAAUAAUACUCAAUCUGCGGAAUGUAACUAAUAUCUGAAGUUUGGACAGGAUCUGAUUCUAAUAAGAUACAAAAUUGGAGUACUUGAAGUUCAUGCAAUUUUCUAUUUUUCUUUCUCUGCAAUAAAAUGCAAACUUUUCUUGUGUGUGAGUGUGUCCUUCAGGCCUUCAGUUUUCAGCUCAUGCUUCGCUGGGCGACUUCUCCGUUCAUUUGCUUGUAUAUGUAUGAACCUAUGGGUCUGGUCCCUUGUGGCAUUGCACAACAUACGCAACGCCUAUGGUUGUCAGAGAUGUGCCGUGCUCUCUGUAUACAUUGCUUGUUCA